GCGAAAAGAAAACGUCUGAACACCGAUUCCAACGAGAUACGAUUGGUUUUCAAUACGAUGUCGUGAAACUGUUUCAUAAAAAUACCAGACGUUUCAUGAAAUUCCACGAAAAGGCGAUACUGCAAAGCGCUUUGCUUCGAGGGAUGAUCGAAGUUACCCUCGACUGAAACAUCAAAAGGAACGAAUAGUUGAAACAGUGAGAGCGAACUUUUUGAUUUUUUGUGGAUUUUUAUCAUACUAGAAUCGUUGGUGACGAAACUCGUGUUUUUGAAGAACAAGGUUUACAUGAUCAACCUACCGGAAGGAAUAUUUAAACAAAGAAAACUUGUGAACGUUGUUAAUUAUUAAUCUUUAAAAUUCACGUUGACGAAUCUAAAAUGGAGGCAACAAAGACGGAAAAGGUUCAUAAAGAAAACAACUCACCGACUCAUAAAGUGGCUAUGACAGGUGCAACGCGUUUCGAUGAAACUCACGGUUCGACGAAUCGUUCUACAACAGCACAGGAAAUAAUCAGGGAUUUACAGCCGAUCGCACUACGUACUGCAUCAAGUUCAGACGAAGGAAAAUCUGGCAUAAAAGACAAAGAAGAAUCUCCAGAAUUAUUACAACGAAGGUCGAGGACCGAAACUGUUAGGCAAGAUGCUAGAAAGCUGAAGAGUGCCACCCUAAACAGAAUGGGGAGAAUGUUUAAACAACGAUCACAGACACCUGUUGCCGAUAAAUCAUCUCUAAACGCGGAAGGAAAGAUGAAUACAAUGAAAUCAACGGAGAACUGCGAGGACGAGGCUUCGAAAAAAGAGAAGAGUAACUCUUUGGGCAGAAUGUUCAAGCUGGUGGAUAAAGAUGGUUCGCCGAAAAAAUUGUUUCAUCCUCGAGCUGGGUCCUUGAGUCGUAUUUUGCGCCGACAUCCCAAUAAUGACAAUAACGACAACGAGAAGAAAGUUACAGAAGAUAACACUCCGGGGAUUUUCUCGAGGAUGCUGAGUCAGUUAAGAGGACGCCCACACAGCGGAAACGCGUUGGCGGAGCCGAAUAUAAAAUCCCGUAACAAAAUGAGCUCGUUACCUCCGAAGGUGCCAUUGAACUCGAGAACGACUAAUUUGUCUUCGUCAACGUCCGUUUCAUCAACUCAAUCACAAACCACAGCGUCACCCCAGAAAUUGUCUGCUUUCGAGUAUUCCAUUUAAGAUUUUAUGAAACAAGAAGAUUUACAUAGAUGAGUAAUAAUACGAACACGUAAAAAUUGGUUCCCUCUGUCUCGUGGUAACAAGUAUCUCGUCUUGUUAAAAAUCAACUGAUAAAGAUAUUUUUAACUACAUUAAUAUUUAUUGUAGAAUUGAUUGUAUAGUAAAUGAGAAAAUUAUUAAAAAGGAAAUGUAUCGCGUGAAUUUGAUUUUGCUUUAUAAGGGCAGCUUGUCA